AUAUCCUUAACAUUUACAUGCAAAGUUUGCGAUAGUAGAUCCACUAAGGUGUUUUCAAGACAGGCGUACGAGAACGGUGUCGUUAUAGUUCGUUGUGAAAAUUGCCAGAAUUUACACCUCAUUUCCGAUAAUAAAGGAUGGUUUUACGAC